AUGGCGUGGGUGCACCUGCGCCGCAGUGAGGCCACCCAAAGGAGCGGGAUGGACGACGAGGCGGACGCUUUGCGCUCUUUGCGUGUGAAGGGCCCGCGCUCUGCUGGCCUGCGCCGCGUUCUGCCAGUGGCGUGGGGAGGCCGCGUUGCCCGCGAUGGGUGUUUUGCGCUGGCCGCGAUAAGCUCGCCAUUUCGUGGGUUCUGGGAGUGCGCCGGGUGCGGGGCGUGUGUGUGUCUGUGUGGCUGUGGACCUCUUAUCGAGCAUCCUGGCGGCUGCCCGUUCACGCCCCGUGGGCCGCCGUCGCGCAGCGUGUGA